UGGUUUGGAGGCGGGUUGUCCCGGCGCGCUCGUAUAGUUGGGAAUCCUGCUGACAGGCAGAGUGUGCGCUUGGGCGGGGCCCCGUGGCUGCCGGUCUCCCAGGAAGAGUCCCCUGACAUCUGGCUUGGAGGUGGUCAUUCAUCCCUCUAGUGCGGCCCAGGAGCGAGGGUCCCCUCGGGGGUCCUGGGUCCCCUAGCCUAGGCUUGUAGCUUAUCAACCGGCGCUAACCCUGGGCUGUCGCCGGCCCCUUCAGAACAGAGACCGUCCUUCUGCUCUCACACGGUGGCCCCGGUGACCGCUCCCAUGGCUUUCCCCCAUCGACUGGACGCCCCCGAGCUUCCUGACUUCUCUAUGCUCAAGAGGCUGGCUCGAGACCAACUCAUCUAUCUGCUGGAGCAGCUUCCUGGAAAGAAGGAUUUGUUCAUUGAGGCAGAUCUCAUGAGCCCUUUGGAUCGAAUUGCUAAUGUCUCCAUCCUGAAGCAACAUGAAGUGGACAAGCUGUACAAGGUGGAGAACAAGCCUGUCCUCAGCGCCAAUGAACAAUUGUGCUUCUUGGUCAGACCCCGCAUCAAGAAUAUGCGCUACAUUGCCAAUCUUGUCAAUGCUGACAAACUGGCCGGUCGAAUUAGAAAAUAUAAAGUCAUCUUAACUCCUCAGAAGUUUUAUGCAUGUGAGAUGGUGCUUGAGGAAGAGGGAGUCUAUGGAGAUGUGAGCUGUGACGAGUGGGCCUUCUCUCUGCUGCCUCUGGAUGUGGAUCUGCUGAGCAUGGAGCUGCCGGAAUUUUUCAGGGAUUACUUCCUGGAAGGUGAUCAGCGUUGGAUCAACACUGUGGCCCAGGCCUUGCACCUUCUCAGUACGCUCUAUGGACCCUUCCCUAACUGCUAUGGCAUUGGCAGGUGUGCCAAGAUGUCGUAUGAUCUGUGGAGGAAACUGGAGGAGGAGGAGGACAGUGAAACCAAAGGUCGAAGACCAGAAAUUGGACACAUCUUUCUCCUAGACAGAGACAUGGACUUUGUGACAGCACUUUGCUCCCAAGUGGUUUACGAGGGCUUGGUGGAUGACACCUUCCGAAUCAAGUGCGGGAGUGUCGACUUUGGCCCAGAAGUCACAUCUUCUGACAAGAGCCUGAAGGUGCUACUCAAUGCUGAGGACAAGGUGAGGGUACAGGUAUAAUGGUACUUACCCAGGACCACUGCUGCACAAAGCUGGGGUCCAAAUCCCUGGGAGGGUUCCCCAUCAAUUAGGAUCAGAUUCA